AUGGCUUCGGACGCUGUGGAGAUAGCACCCAUCGAGAAGAGGGUCGGGGAGACGAGCGAUGCAAAGCAGACAGGGUUGCACCAGGAUGUCGAAGUCGGACCCGAAAUGGUCGAUAUUGAUAGAAUAGAGAGAGUUUACUCCAAGCUCGACCGUCGGAUUCUGCCAGCGUUCUGGGUCUUGUACUUCUUAUGCUCGGCAAUUCGCUCCAACAUUGGACUUGCUCAAACUAUGAACCUGGCUGAAGGUCACGAUCUUGGAUCCGUACUCAACAUCACGCCGAAACAGGUCUCUACUGGUCUGGCGCUGUUCUACGUCUGCUAUGUCAUCUUCGACCUUCCUUCCAACCUCAUCAUGUCAAGGGUUAGUCCUCACGCUUGGAUGAGUCGCAUCGUCACUUGUGUUGGUAUCAUUGGCAUGUGUCUGACUGCUAUGAAUGCUGCCUGGAACCUUUACCUUCUCCGAUUGCUAUUGGGUAUCGUCAUUGCAGGCAUGUGGCCCGGUAUGUCGUAUUACCUGACACUCUUUUACCCUCCGUCUCGCACCGGCAAGCGCAUCGGACGCUACUUCACAGCGUCCCAGAUGUCUGCGGCGGUCGUGGGUCUUGUCUCAGCUGGUUUCCAGAAGAUGGACGGAGUAGGUGGUCUGGUCGGAUUCCAGUGGAUGUUCCUAUUGUACGGUAUCGUCGGCUUCAUCGUCGGCAUAUCGCUACUUUGGUGGCUUCCCGAUAGGCCACUACCUCCUGGUGAAGUUCGUCAACCAACUGGAUUGGCGAGAUGGCUGCCGCAAGGCAAACCAGCCCUAGAAGGCGAAGACGCGCGCAUCCAUUACGAAGAUUUGACCCGCGUCUACAGCCGCAAGCUGUGGAAUAUGAAGGAUCUCUGGCACGUCGUAAUCGACUGGAGAAUUUACCCCCUUGUCGUCAUGUACUUUGGUGUGGUGGGAGUAGGCAACGGAACACAGGCUUACGCGACUGUUAUCAUACGCGGCAUCAACCCAAGCUUGACGGGCAUUCAGCUCAGUCUGCUUUCCGCACCCAUCUGGAUUAUGGACCUCAUCGCCAUUCUCCUCGUGACGCCAAUCUCUGAUCGUUUCCACCAUCACCGUCCUGCUUUCUUCAGCGGCGCCGUUGUAAUACAGAUUGCAGGUCUGUUGAUCGCCACAUUCGCCAAAGAUUGGUCACGUUACGGUGGUGUGCUACUUAUCGGCUUCGGACUGGGCCCGACGGUGCCCAUUUGCAUGGCCUGGUCCAACGAGAUCUUCCAGCCCCGCCAUGGAGAGGUGGGUGUAGCAGCAGCUAGCGCACUUGUGUCUGGACUUGGUAAUCUAGGAAGUAUCUUGACUACCUACGCACUCUAUUCUGGAUGGCCCGAAGAUGCCAAGGACGGUCCGCACAAGUACCGCAACAGCAACUUUGUCAUGAUUGCCAUUCUGUGCGCUAGUAUACUCAGCGCAGGAAGCAUGGUGGUCCUACUGAAGAUGUUUGGCGACAACAAAGGAAAGCAGGUUAGUAGUGCAAGCUCGACUAGCGAGGGCGAGGCUGCAUACGUGGAUGGUGCUGCUCGGCGCGAGGUCCAGCAGAGGGGUCUCGGACGAAUGUUUUGGUUCCGAUGA